GCGGCGGCGCUGGGUCUCUCGCCUUUCGUCCGGCUGCUUGCGCGAUGUGAGCCUCUGGAUCGCAGAAGCGGCGGGCGCAGCGCGAUGGAGCGCACCAAGCUGUUCGUGGCGCUGGAUGUGCUGUGCCUGGUGGUCGCCUCACUUCCUUUCGCCAUCCUGACCUUGGUGAAUUCUCCCUACAAACGAGGUUUCUACUGUGAGGACACUUCCAUCCGUUAUCCGUACAAGCCGGACACCAUUACACAUGGGGUGAUGGCUGGGGUGACUAUUCCCUGCACCGUUUUUAUAAUUUCAGUCGGCGAGGCUUACCUGGUCUACACGGAACGCUUGUACUCCCGUUCCCAGUUUAACAAUUACCUGGCCGCCCUCUACAAAGUUGUUGGGACGUUCUUGUUCGGUAGCGCCGUCAGCCAGUCGCUAACUGACUUGGCCAAGUACACGAUCGGCCGUCUGCGGCCCAAUUUCCUGGCUGUCUGUCAGCCAGACUGGACGAAAGUGAAUUGCUCGCUUUACGUCCAUGUGGAAGACGUGUGCCAGGGCAACUCCAGAAACAUCACGGAAUCCAGAUUGUCGUUCUAUUCUGGGCAUUCCUCCUUUGCGAUGUACUGCAUGAUGUUUUUAGCGCUCUACAUUCAGGCCCGGCUGGUUGGCAGAUGGGCUCGGCUGCUGCGCCCGACUAUCCAGUUCUUUCUCCUCUGCUUCGCCAUCUACGUGGGCUACAGCCGGGUGUCGGACUACAAGCACCAUUGGAGCGAUGUGCUGGUUGGCCUCCUGCAGGGAGCACUCAUUGCUAUCCUUACGGUCCGCUACAUCUCCGAUUUCUUCAAAGAGAGGCCCCAGUCACCGUGUGCCGAACAGGACCUUGGGCGUAAACCCAGCAUCCCCCUGCCGCUAAGCGAGUCGGAGUGUAACCACUGCAACUAUCGGGUCCCUGUGUGAACGGGGCGAUUUUGAAUUGGUUUGAUUUCGGCAAUGAACACGUAAUCUGCCUUUAAUCCGGCGCCUCUCGCUCUCCGAUGCGUUUCUACUUUCCUUUUGAACUUGUCCAACGAAGAGGGAAAACUGGGAGAUUUUGGUUUUUUCCUUUUGUUCUUCUUUUUUGUUCAUUUUUAAACCGUUUUGGAUUUUUUUUUUACGAUGCCCAAUGCUACUGCACCGCACAACACAACACAACACAACACAUAUUUGACACUUGGAAAUGCCUGCCUCGCCACCAACAUAAGCCAAAGACCAGGACAGAAUUUGGAAAACGUUCAAGCUUUUUUAUCUCUUCUUGAAAGACUUCUGGACAAACCCUUUUCCGGGUGGGGUAAAAUAAACACACCGGUGUAUAUUCGCCUUGAUGGCCAGCUUUUUAUCUGGACUUCACUCUUGGCUUUGCAAAAGCUUGCUUUGCAAAUGUUAGUGGGUAACUGAUAAUCCCUCUCCCCAAAACUGAGGAAGGAUUCCUGAGCAAAGACCCCAAAAUUGGUAGGAUGGUUUUUUUAAACACCUUCGUGUGUUUUUCUUACAUCUUCCUUGUAUUUGGGUACCCUUUUUAGGGGUCUGAUGGGGGAGGAUCUAAAGGGAAUUUGUGUUUGAAUGCAAACAAACAGUCUGAAAUAACUUGGGGUGUGAAAUAUUUGCUCUGGGGUGUCCAACCUUAGCAACUUUAAGACCCGUGGACUUCAAGUUGAAGCCCACGGGUCUUAAAAUUGCUAAGGUUGAAUAUCCCAGAUUUUCUCUGUAAAAAGCAAAUUGUGAUCCGGGUAAUAUCUUAAAAUUUAGUCCGGGUUGAGAGACCAUAAGAAGUACCAAUACUGGACAUCAGUGAUGUUUAUUAAACUGCUAAAAUUGAGGCGAUGGGGAGUCCUGUCUCUCCGAUAUCAAUUUUUUGUACAGGUGGAUUUGUGUUUCCCGAUGGAUGAAAUUGAGCAAGACUGAAUAAAAUUGAAACUGACUUUUUAAGUCA